AUGCUAUCCAUGCUGUCCGUACCCUUCUGGAGAAACAUAGAGAAGAACCGCAGUGUGCAUCUUGCUUUUCUCGAUCUCGAGAAAGCUUUCGACCGUGUCCCACAUGAGCUGUUAUGGAUGUCCACGAGGUCGCAUAGAAUACCAGAAGAAUAUGUGCGGUGGACGAAGCUGCUAUAUGCGAAGCCUACCAGCGUUGUAGAAUGUGCUGCUGGAACAAUCAAGCCAUUCCCUAUACAAGUAGGGACUCAUGACGGUUCAUCACUCUCACCCCUGCUGUUCAUACUGUGCACUGAACACGAUAACGAAGGGAGUCCAGAAGUGGCAUCCGUGGACCCUACUCUUUGCCGACGAUGUCACGCUCGCGUCGGAGUCUCGAGAUGA